CUUCUCUCUCUCUAGCUCACUCAAUAUGAAAAUGGGACAUAAUUGGCUUCGUGGGUUUCUUGUUCCCAACUUUUCAAUAUCCAUUUUGUUAACUAUUGUUACAAUAAUAAUAUUCGUAGAGAAACAUUAUUAUUGUUGCAAUGGUUAUUUGAUGAACUAUAACAAUUAUAGUAUUAGUAAUAUAGGUUUAGAAAAGGGUAAUAGGUGUGAUUUAUUUGAAGGGAGUUGGGUUUACGACAAUUCUUAUCCACUUUACGACACCUCAGCUUGCCCAUUCAUAGAAAAAGAGUUUGACUGCCAGAACAAUGGACGCCCAGAUAAUGCUUAUCUCAAAUAUAGAUGGAAACCAAAUUCUUGUCAAUUGCCAAGAUUCAAUGGAGUAGAAUUUUUGAAGAAAUUUAAGGGAAAGAAGAUAUUAUUCGUAGGGGACUCCCUUAGCCUCAAUCAAUGGCAAUCACUAACAUGUAUGCUCCAUACUUCAGUGCCACGAUCCAAGUUUACAUUAACAAGAAAAGGUGGCUUCUCCAAGUUUUAUUUUCGAGAGUAUAGAGUGUGGGUGAUGAUAUAUCAUAGUGCGUAUCUAGUGGAUGUCGUUAAAGAAAGUAUAGGCAGAGUUCUAAAGCUUGAUUCCAUUAAAAACGGCAACGCCUGGAGAGGAUACGACAUGCUUAUUUUCAAUACCUGGCACUGGUGGCUCCACAAAGGAACCAAACAACCAUGGGAUUACGUUGAGAUAAGAGGAACUAUAAGGAAAGAUAUGAACCGCUUGGUAGCUUUCAAAGAGGGUUUAACAACUUGGUCCAACUGGAUAGACUCUAAUGUUGAUCCUAUAAACACCACAGUUUUCUUUCAAGCCAUUUCUCCAACUCAUUACAGUGGAGAAGAGGGGAUUGGUUCAAAGUCAACGACCUGCAAAGGGGAAACUAGACCGGCAAUAAGCGGUUCAACACAUCGGAGAAGUUGGCGGCGGCCGGCGGCGGCGGCGGUGGUAGAGCAAGUGUUGGCUAAAAUGUCAACAUAUGUGAAGCUUCUGGAUAUAACCACACUGUCACAGCUGAGAAAAGAUGGGCAUCCUUCGGUGUACGGCAUUGCCGGAACAAAGGGCAACGAUUGUAGUCAUUGGUGCCUUGCUGGUGUUCCUGAUUCUUGGAACCAGCUCUUGUAUGCUAUUCUUUUCUCCAAUUGAAUAAUUUUCAAAUAUAAAUAUACUAUUACACCUUCUUAUUAAAUUAAUUAUAUAUAUAUAUAAAGAGGAGAAUUCUUAGGCUUCACUUUAAACCCUACCGGUAGGACUCUUAGUGUUUAGAACCUGUAAACAAAUUUUGGCGCGAUUUUUUUAUGACUGUAUAUUGUAGCUAUUUAGAGUAUCCUACAAAUUUUCAUAAAAUUCCGAAUAGUUUACCAUACCAAAAACUAGGUUCAAACAUAUUGUUGCACACGUGACUAAUUUUUUUUAUGCGAGUGGAAAACAACAUGUUUGAACCUAGUUUUCGGUACUGUAAACUAUUCGAAAUUUUCUGAAAAUUUGCAGGAUGCUCUAAAUAGCUACAAUAUACACAGUCAUAAAAAAAAAUUCGCGCCGAAAACUGUUAACGAGUCGAGAAACACUGAGAGCCCUAUCGGUAGAGCUUAAAGUAAAGCGUUAUAAAAGAAUUGUCUUCUAUAUAUAUAAUUAUUACAAGGAAUUUGUACUUUGUAUAUUGACUUUUGGGAAAAUUCUAAUAGAGAGUUCUAUGAUUGAAGU